GCGCCAUGGAGCCCGGCCGCGGCGGCCUGGAGGCCGUGGGCAAGUUCGAGUUCUCGCGCAAGGACCUGAUCGGGCACGGCGCCUUCGCCGUGGUCUUCAAGGGGCGCCACCGGGAGAAGCACGACCUGGAGGUCGCAGUCAAGUGCAUCAACAAGAAGAAUCUGGCCAAGUCCCAGACACUGUUGGGGAAGGAAAUCAAAAUUCUCAAGGAAUUGAAACAUGAAAACAUCGUGGCUUUGUAUGACUUUCAGGAAAUGGCCAAUUCCGUUUAUCUGGUCAUGGAGUACUGUAACGGCGGUGACCUGGCUGACUACCUGCACACCAUGCGGACGCUGAGCGAGGACACCAUCCGGCUCUUCCUGCAGCAGAUCGCGGGCGCCAUGCGCUUGCUGCACAGCAAGGGCAUCAUCCACCGCGACCUGAAGCCCCAGAACAUCCUGCUGUCCAACCCCGGCGGGCGCCGCGCCAACCCCAACAACAUCCGCGUCAAGAUCGCCGACUUCGGAUUCGCUCGGUACCUGCAGAGCAACAUGAUGGCGGCCACACUCUGCGGCUCUCCCAUGUACAUGGCCCCCGAAGUCAUCAUGUCCCAGCACUACGACGGGAAGGCCGACCUGUGGAGCAUCGGCACCAUUGUGUACCAGUGCCUGACAGGGAAGGCGCCGUUCCAGGCCAGCAGUCCCCAGGACCUCCGCCUCUUCUAUGAGAGGAACAAGACCCUGGUGCCCACCAUCCCCCGGGAGACGUCUGCGCCGCUGAGGCGGCUACUGCUGGCCCUGCUGCAGCGCAACCAUAAGGACCGCAUGGACUUCGACGAGUUCUUCCAUCAUCCUUUCCUUGACGCCAGUGCCACUGUAAAGAAGUCCCCUCCCGUGCCCGUGCCCUCGUACCCGAGCUCCGGGUCCGGCAGCAGCUCCAGUAGCAGCUCCACCUCGCACCUGGCCUCCCCACCGGCCCUGGGGCCAGGUCUCAGUGGCCUCCCCUCUGACCCCCAGUCCCUCGGGGACAUGCAGCAGCAGCUACAGAAGACGCUGACUUCCCCCGCCGACGCCGCUGGCUUCCUGCACGGCUCUCGGGGCUCCGGCGGCAGCAGCAAGGACUCGUCCUGCGACACGGAUGACUUUGUCAUGGUCCCGGCCCAGUUUCCAGGUGACCUAGUGGCCGAGCCGGCUGGAGCCAAGCCUCCACCGGACAGCCUGAUGUGUAGUGGGAGCUCCCUGGUGGCCUCAGCUGGCCCAGAGAGCCGUGGCCGGACGCCAUCUCCUUCCCCGCCCUGCAGCAGCUCUCCAAGCCCCUCCGGCCGGGCCGGCCCAUUCAGCAGCAGGUGUGGCGUGUCUGUCCCCAUCCCAGUGCCCACGCAGGUUCACAAUUACCAGCGCAUCGAGCAGAACCUACAGUCGCCCACCCAGUACCAGACCGCACGGUCCUCUGCCAUCCGCAGGUCGGGCAGCACCAGCCCCCUGGGCUUUGCCCGGGCCAGUCCGUCUCCCCCAUCCCAUGCCGAGCAUGGAGCUGCCCUGGCCAGGAAGCUCUCCCUGGGUGGGGGCCGGCCCUAUACACCAUCUCCACAAGUUGGAAUCAUCCCCGAGCGGCCAGGCUGGAGUGGGACACCCUCUCCCCAGGCCCCUGAGAUGCGGGGCGGCAGAUCCCCCCGCCCAGGCUCCUCCGUGCCCGAGCACUCUCCCCACUCUGCUGGGCUGGGCUGCCGCCUGCACAGCGCGCCCAACCUGUCCGACCUGCAUGUUGUCCGCCCUAAGUUGCCCAAGCCCCCCACGGACCCGCUGGGGGCAGCGUUCGGCCACCCCCAGUCCAGCCCCCCGCAGUCCUCCCGCGUGCUGCAGUCUUGCCGGCCCCUGCGAGGCUCGCCCAAGCUGCCCGACUUCCUGCAGCGGAACCCCUUGCCCCCCAUCCUGGGCUCCCCCACCAAGGCUGUGCCUGCUUUUGACUUCCCCAAGACCCCCAGCUCGCAGAACCUGCUGACGCUCCUGGCCCGGCAGGGCGUGGUCAUGACGCCGCCUCGGAACCGGACGCUGCCUGAUCUGUCAGAGGCGGGACCGUUCCAGGGACAGCAGCUGAGCCCUGGCCUGCGGCCCACCGAGGACACCAAGAGCCCCUUUGGCAGGUCUCUCAGUACCGGGCGUCUCACCGAUCUGCUCCUUAAGGCUGCGUUUGGGACCCAGGCCCCUGACUUGGGGAGCACCGACAGCCUGCAGGAGAAGCCCAUGGAGAUCGCGCCCUCUGCUGGCCUCGGAGGGACCCUGCACCCCGGAGCCCGUCCUGGGGGGGCCAGCAGCCCGUCUCCUGUGGUGUUUACCGUGGGCUCGCCCCCCAGUGGGACCACGCCGCCCCAGGGCCCCCGUGCAAGGAUGUUCUCAGUGGGCUCCUCUGGCUCAGUCGGUUCAGCCGGCUCUUCCUCGGCCCGUCACCUGGCUCCCGGGGCCUGUGGUGAGGCGGCCCCGGAGGUCCCGGCCCCUGGCCACUGCCGCAGCUUUGCUGACCCUGUCACCGCCAACCUGGAGGGGGCUGUGACCUUCGAGGCGCCCGACCUCCCUGAGGAGACGCUGAUGGAGCAAGAGCACACGGAGAUCCUGCACGGCCUACGGUUCACCCUCAUCUUCGUCCAGCACGUCCUGGAGAUUGCGGCCCUGAGGGGCAGCACCGGCGAGGCCACCGGAGGCCCCGACCUGCAGCUGCAGGAGAGCGUGGUGGCCGACCAGAUCAGCCUGCUGAGCCGGGAGUGGAGCUUCGCGGAGCAGCUGGUGCUCUACCUGAAGGUGGCCGAACUGCUGUCCUCGGGUCUGCAGACCGCCAUCGACCAGAUCCGGGCCGGCAAGCUGUGCCUGUCGUCCACCGUGAAGCAGGUGGUGCGGAAGCUGAACGAGCUGUACAAGGCCAGCGUGGUGUCCUGCCAAGGCCUGAGCCUGCGCCUGCAGCGCUUCUUCCUGGACAAGCAGCGGCUGCUGGACCGCAUCCAGAGCGUCACCGCUGAGAAGCUCAUCUUCAGCCACGCGGUGCAGACGGUGCAGUCGGCCGCCCUGGACGAGAUGUUCCACCGUCGGGAGGACUGUGUCCAGCGCUACCACAAGGCCCUGCUGCUCAUGGAGGGGCUGCAGCACCUCCUCACCGACCGGGCGGACGUGGAGAACGUGGCCAAGUGCAAGCUGUGCAUCGAGCGGAGACUGUCCGCGCUGCUGAGCGGGAUCUGUGCCUGACUGCGGGGUGCCCGGCUCACCGCGCCCCAGCGGCCGGGUCUCCUGCCAGUCCCGCAGGCGUGGGGGCGGCCAGCUGGCCGGGCUUGAAGAAGGGACGAGCCCACGGCCUCGGUGCUGCUUGCUGGUGCCAGGGAAAGGUCGGGGGCUCCCGCGUCUGCAUCCUGAGCCCUGCCGCGGUGGGCUUCGGGGUGCGGGGAGGACUCCGGACGACCACAGUCCAGGCCGGGGCCCCCCCUGCCUCGCAGACGGGCGGAGCUCCCGGCCAGCUGUCACGACUUCCCUUGGACGCCUCAGUGGCAGGGAGCACGUGUGGCCGGACCCCAGGGCAGCCCUGAUGCCCGCCGCUGUGCGGAGGAUGAGCAGAGGCGCCGAGACUGCUUGGCCCAGGAAAAGGUGUGGCCCCCUCGUCCCCCUCCUUCCCCAAGACCACCCACCCAGCUUUGUGAACCACGGAGCACUUUAUGCCGGCGGCCCUGGAGCAGGACUGCCCGCCAGGUCCCGCCUGUCGCUGCGGGGCGUGUACAUGCCUGUACACAUGUAUACAUACAUACGUAGCCGUGCGGGCGUGUGCCCUGUGCCCGCUGCCUGGGGCCCUCUCUGGGAGACACAGGCCUCUUAUUUAAAUGUUCUUGUAGGGACAGACAGUACGAAGCCCCGAGCUUUCUGAACCCAGGACAGACUUGAAGUCUAUUCCACUUUACUCCUGAAAUGUGUCUUAUUUUUCUGCAGCUCUUUUUUUUAACAAAAGAAGAAAAUUUGUAGUUUCAGAUGUUUGUUUUGGAAGGGUGGGGCCGGAUGGGUGGGUUCUGGGUAUUGUGCACACACAAUGUGGGUGGCGGUAGGAGGUGCCUGUCAAGGUGGCCCUGUCCCCGCCAACCCCCCCCCCCCCCACCUGGCCAGGGGCUCUUUGUGCAAAGCCUCCCAUCCAGGUCUCACGGUGGGUUUUGAUGCCAAAGUCGUGUGUGCAUGGCCCCUUCCCCCUGCCCCACGGCAGGCUGGGUCCUGGCUGCCACUGGGAGGCUGGGGGUCCUCCUGGCCUGCCCGGCCCCGCCUCGCCCCCCUCGUCUGCAUCCUGGAGAGGGCAGAGGAGGCCUGCCAGAGCCCAGGCACCUGGGCGAGGGGUGUAGUGUCUUACAUCAAGACAUAGACAUCUUUGUGUUUCUUCGCGAUACUUGAAAUAUUGCCACUGUGCUUGGACUUGGACGCAGCCCUGUGACUUGUUCCUCGCUGCACGGAACGUGUUCGUAUUUAUUGCUUUAUGGCCGGCUGAGAUCCAGGGCCACCGGGAGGCUGGCACCACGGGAGGGGACUCGUGGGUGCCCACACGGGCUGCCAGUGGGCCCUGUUCUCCACGAGGCUGUGCCUGGUCCUUGGUCUACUUUAAAAGGAGUUUUGUGUGAUCCCCCCCUACCCCCAAUUUGCAUUAAAUUGUGUAAUACCGAUUUAAAGAAAUAAACCUUUGGAACUGAG